CCCACCCUCCCUUUUCCACCAUAAAGCCUCUCCCACCGGAUUCGCCACUAAAACAAGUCAUAUUGGCGCCUGCUGGUGAGUGGAUGUAUCAGUAUGGUUCACCGCAGCGCAGUUUGGACGAGCCCCUUGAACGAGAGAGAUUGGAGCGGCUGCACCAUGUGCACGAAAGAAAGGGAAUAAGCAUCGCUUCUCACAGUGUGUGUCUGAGCAGGAGUAAUGAGCGCGAUUAGAAGAUGAAAUGCUUCUCUCGGUACCUGCCUUAUCUCUUCCGACCUCCGAGCAGCAUCCUUUCUUCCAGCUGUCACACUGAAGUCACACCGCAUUAUUCAUGGAUGAGGAAAUAGAUACCCGCAAGAUCAACAGCAGCUUCCUCCGCGACCACAAUUAUGCAACUGAAGCUGACAUCAUAUCCACUGUUGAGUUCAACUCCACUGGGGAGCUCCUUGCCACAGGGGACAAAGGGGGUCGUGUGGUGGUUUUCCAAAGAGAGCAGGAGAGUAAGAACCAACCACACCGACGAGGGGAGUACAAUGUUUUCAGCACAUUUCAGAGUCAUGAGCCUGAGUUUGACUACCUGAAAAGCUUGGAAAUUGAGGAAAAGAUCAACAAGAUCCGCUGGCUGCCUCAGCAGAAUGCUGCCUACUUCCUUCUCUCCACCAAUGAUAAAACUGUUAAGUUGUGGAAAAUCAGUGAGAGAGACAAGCGACCAGAGGGUUAUAACCUGAAGGAUGAGGAGGGAAGGGUGCGGGACCCCAACACCAUCACAGCACUGAGGGUGCCAGUGUUGAGACCCAUGGACCUGAUGGUGGAGGCUACACCUCGGCGAGUGUUCUCCAAUGCACACACCUAUCACAUCAACUCUAUUUCAGUAAACAGUGACAACGAAACAUAUAUGUCAACAGAUGACCUAAGGAUCAACCUGUGGAACUUGGAAAUCACUAACAGAAGUUUCAACAUUGUAGAUAUAAAACCAUCCAACAUGGAAGAACUCACAGAAGUGAUCACAGCAGCAGAGUUUCAUCCCAACCAGUGCAACACGUUUAUCUAUAGCAGUAGCAAGGGUUCCAUACGACUGUGUGACAUGAGAGCAGCUGCACUCUGUGACAACCACUGCAAAUUCUUUGAAGAACCAGAGGACCCCAGUAAUCGCUCCUUUUUCUCUGAGAUCAUUUCCUCCAUCUCUGAUGUGAAGUUCAGCCACAGUGGUCGUUAUCUAAUGACCCGCGACUACCUUACUGUUAAAGUAUGGGAUCUUAACAUGGAAAACAAGCCUCUGGAGAUCUAUCAGGUCCAUGACUACCUGAGAAGUAAAUUAUGCUCCCUUUAUGAGAAUGACUGUAUCUUUGACAAGUUUGAAUGUGUAUGGAACGGAACAGACAGUGUCCUGAUGACUGGAUCCUACAAUAACUUCUUUCGCAUGUUUGAUCGUAACACCAAGCGGGAUGUCACGCUGGAGGCAUCCCGGGAAAACAGCAAACCUCGUGCCAUUCUCAAGCCACGCAAGGUGUGUGUGGGUGGCAAGCGACGUAAAGAUGAGAUCAGUGUAGACAGCCUAGAUUUCAGUAAAAAAAUCCUUCACACAGCCUGGCACCCAUCAGAGAACAUCAUCGCCGUGGCUGCCACCAACAACCUCUAUAUUUUCCAGGACAAAGUCAACUAGCAUGUAGCGCCCAAGUUUUCCUUCACAGAGACAGAAUCAUCCUCAAGGAAAUUUUUAGAUUUACUGCUUCUGGUUUUGGAUUUAAAGGAAAAUGUCUGGUCGAGCUUUUUGUUGAGAAAGUACCAACAGCAACGAAUUAUAUUCACUGUUCAUUUCAGGUUGACAGAUUGCAAAGAUAACUGCUGCCUGCUCCAUUUUUAGUUUUCCUCUUCAAUUAUACUCCUGUGCUGUAGUUCACUAUGGACAGCAAUAAGGUGGACAUUAAAUUUCGCUGCAAAAUCAGAGCUGAUUGCUCUCAACCCCAGGUAUCUGACAAAUUCACAAGAUGCAGAUAUGGAAUGACCAGGGUGCAGUUACCUCGUUUAUCCAACCUUUAAAGUGUUUAUUCACCAUUUCACUUCAUGGAAGAAGGUGCAUAAUUCUAACAUGGGACUACAAUUCAUGAAGUAUAUGAUACAACCUAUGUAGCAAUUUACUGCUUUUGUUCUAAUUUUCUAAAUAAACUCUAAAAAAGAUAAUAAAAAUCAUAUGAAGAAGCCA